AGGGGACCAACUGGCUUGUGUCAAGCGGAGGCAGACGGAUGUGAUCGAGGCAAAAAAAACACCUGAAUUCUUGCAUUCAUGGUGACACAUUCAUGGGCUCAGAGCGGCUGGAGAUGCGCAAGAGACAGAUGCAGGUUCACCAGGAAGCAGCUGCCAGUGUCCUCCAACCCCCCCACAGAAUGGGAAACACCCCGACAAACGCCUCAAACGCCUGCUGCUUCUGCUGGUGCUGCUGCUGCAGCUGCUCCUGUUUGACCGUCAGGAGCGAAGACGAGACUGUGCAGAGAGGCAACUUCGAGCGCAGGACGGAUGGGACCAGCAAUUGCGAAGAAAGCCCCAAGCCCACUCUGGAGGACGCGCGCUCCUGGACGGUGUCGUUCGAGAAGUUGAUGAAGAGCGCGGCGGGGCGCGGCUGCUUCAGGCAGUUCCUCAGGACCGAGUUCAGCGAGGAGAACAUGAUGUUCUGGCUGGCGUGUGAAGAGCUGAAGAAGGAGACCAACAAGACCGUGGUGGAGGAGAAAGUCCGUCAGAUUUACGAAGACUUCAUCUCCAUUCUUUCACCCAAAGAGGUGAGCCUGGACUCCCGCGUCCGAGACGUGAUCAACCGCAACAUGCUGGAGCCCACCUCGCACACCUUCGACGACGCCCAGCAGCAGAUCUACACGCUGAUGCAGAGGGACUCGUAUCCGCGCUUCAUCAACUCCUCGGCAUACACGGACCUGGUGAAGAGCCUGGAGGAGCUGCCUCCCACCAAGCCAUAGACUGAGCACUGAGCGCUGCUCCGGAACGCAUGCAUCCCCUCCACCGGAGGGAGCCCGUGUUACCCUCCCUCCCGGUCUUUACCCAGCUGUGAGUGCAGUUUUGUUUCCUCAUAGUCAGAACCCCGGAACCAGAACAAACAUCAGACAUAUCUAUAUUUUUAUAAACUCCCUACGGCGCUGGACAUCGCACUUUUCUACCUGGUCUGAUGAGGGAAAGCAUGUAUCUGUGCGCACUGCGUUUGUAUGUCGGUAUCUUGUGAGCCUUAAAGCAUAUCCCCUUCUUGUAUGAACUAGAGAUUUUAUUUAAACGGUAAAGAAGGAAGUGCCUUGGAAUAAGAUCUUCUACUUCAGCACCUUGACCAGAGCGGUGCGACGUUGACCGCUGGUGCUUUUGGCUCGUCCCCACGUUUUUACAAUCUGACGAGCCGCUGCCUGAGAACUAGAUCUGAUGUGUCUCGUGUGUAUUCAUACUGUGAUAUUAGUCAUGAGGAUAUAUUUCUUUUGAAAUGAGGAGAAUCUAUUGACCAGGAGCACUGAUAUUUAUUUGUGUAUCUAAAGCAGGUUUGUGUCAAAUAGCCAUUUUAAAGUCUCACAUAAUAAAUAA